AUGGCGAGCGGCAUUGGUGAUAAGGUCGCGCUCGCAAACCCGUAUGAGGUGCUCAAGGAAGAAGACGCCCUGCAGCGUCGGCUGGAGAAGCAGGCGGAGAGGGAGAGACGGCGACGCGAGCGUCGGGAGUUGAAAGCUGCAGAAGCUGCAUCUGCUGCUGCUGCUUCCGCAGCAGCCACAGCAGCAGCUGCAGCAGCAGUAAAGGCCCAGCUGUCCCCAGGGGGUGCCUCGCUGCUGCAAGGGGCCCGCUGGGCCGACGUAGAGGUUGAUUCAGACGAUGACGGGCCGAUAGCAGUGCCGCCGCCUCACCGAGCUGCUGCUGCUGCUGGUGGAGGGAGUGGGGGGCGCAGGUCUCAACAGCACCCGAGGGACGCGUUCUACUCAGACGUGGAAACAUCAUCAGAAGAAGACUUCGGCAGUGAUGCAGAAGAUCCCCAAGGGGACGACUUCGCCGCCAGCAGCAGCAGCAGCAGCAAGACUUCGGCAGUGAUGCAGAAGAUCCCCAAGGGGACGACUUCGCCGCCAGCAGCAGCAGCAGCAGCAGUAGCGGCGAGGAGGAGGAGGAAAGCUCAACCAGCAGAGAGAAGCCAUGGGGGCAUCGGUUUGAGGCAGGCAAACGUCGAGGUGUUUCAGAGGGAGGGAAGCGUUGCAGUACCGAGGCAGAGCGGAAACGGCAGUGUAGGCGGGGCUACUGCGGCGGACCCUUUAAAAGGUCUCAGCAGGAAGGAGAGAAAGCAGCGAGAGAUGGAGGAGCUCGAGCGGGCUCUGAACGAAGCGGGCCUAACUCCGUCUGUGCCCGUUGAGCCGAAGCCGCAGCCGCAGCCACCGCAACAGCAGCAGCAACAGCAGCCACAGCAGCAGCAGCCCAAGGCAGGAAGUGGUGCUAGUGAGAAGAAGAAGAAGAAGAAGGCCCAGCAGCAGCAGCAGCAGCAGCAGCAGCAGCAGCGUGAAUCGGAAAGUGAAGACAACGCAGACACCCCAGCUGCUCCUGAAGACCCCGCAAAGAUUGCGGCUCGUCUGAAGGCAGCAGCGGCAGCGAAGCGGAGCCAGGCGAGCAGCAAAGACUUGGCGAAGAAGUUGGCCGCCCAGGAGGCGCAGGCGAAGAAGGAGAAGGCAAAGAAGGAGAAGAAGCCGAAGUUAUAUUUCCCUCCGAAGCAAUGA